AUGAUUACUCCGGUUUUUUGGUUGGAUCAGUCAAAUGACCGCGUUUUCAUUACUCUCAAAGUCCCGUUGAUCCGGGCGCAGGAGGUCGAAUUUACCAUUGAUCCGCAACUAUUUCAUUGCUAUGCUAAACCCUAUUACUUGAGGCUUUCUCUCCCCGGCUCUGUUAAACAAGAUGGCACUGAAACAGCAAAGCUUGAUUUAGAGAGGGGUCUCUUAUCCUUUUCCAUUGCAAAAGCGAUUCCUGGACAACAAUUUCCAAAUCUUGAUCUUGUGGGAGAACUUUUGCGCAAUCCCUCUGCAUGUGUGCAACCAUCGAUCAAUUCUCUCGUUUCAGAAGUAGACCAGUCUCCAGAAGUAAUUUUGGAAGCGAUCGACCCCAAUGACGAUCACAAUAGAUUUAAUUUUCACGAUGAGGAAACGGAUUUUUUUGUUGAACAACAAGAGCCGUCUUAUGGCUAUGGCUUCAAUUGCAUGUAUACCGAUUUUUUCAAGGACUUUCCGAGGGGAUCUACUUUGGAGCUUUUUGAUUUGGAAUCUCCAGAAAAAACAUCCUUUGAUGCCCGCAGAGCGCUUCAACAGCAGCAGGAAAGCACUUCUUUUAAUGAAGAUGCCUACAUGUACUUAUUUUCUUCAUUUAUCAUGCAUGCCUAG